CUGUUCACGGAAGUUGGUUCUGAUUUAUCUCGGCUCUCGAAGAUAUCUAAGUAACUCAAAAUGGCUGAUAAUGAUGUCGAUCAAGAGCUUUUGGAUUACGAAGAAGAGGAACACGACACCACCCAGGAGGCUGCUGGUGAUGCUCCCGCGCAACAAGUAGCCAAGAAAGAUGUGAAAGGAACCUACGUGUCCAUUCACAGCUCGGGGUUCAGAGAUUUCUUGUUGAAGCCAGAGUUGCUGCGGGCAAUUGUUGACUGUGGUUUUGAACAUCCAUCUGAGGUUCAACAUGAGUGCAUUCCACAAGCCAUCCUUGGUAUGGACGUCCUUUGCCAGGCCAAGAGUGGUAUGGGAAAGACGGCAGUCUUUGUUUUGUCAACUCUUCAACAGCUUGAGCCAGUAGAAGGACAGAUCGGUGUGUUAGUUAUGUGCCACACUCGUGAGUUGGCCUACCAGAUCAAGAAAGAGUACGACCGCUUCUCCAAGUACAUGCCGUCCAUGAAGGAGAAGGUAGCCGUGUUCUUCGGCGGUCUCAACAUCCAGAAGGACAUACAGAAGCUGAAGACGGAUCCCCCUCACAUCGUAGUCGGCACACCAGGACGUCUGUUGGCGCUCUGCCGUAACAAGUCGCUCAAUCUCAAGAAUGUCAAGCACUUCAUCCUUGAUGAAUGCGACAAGAUGCUGGAACAGCUAGACAUGAGAAAAGACGUCCAAGAGAUCUUUCGCACCACCCCCCACGAGAAACAAGUCAUGAUGUUCAGCGCCACACUCAGCAAGGAAAUCCGGCCAGUCUGCAAGAAGUUCAUGCAAGACCCAAUGGAAGUGUACGUCGAUGACGAGACUAAGCUAACUCUCCACGGUCUGAUGCAAUACUACGUCAAACUGAAGGACAACGAGAAGAACCGCAAGCUGUUUGAUCUCCUCGAUGUGCUUGAGUUCAACCAGGUUGUCAUCUUCAUCAGAAGUGUUCAACGCUGUGUUGCUCUGUGUGAACUCCUGGUGGAGCAGAACUUCCCUGCCAUCAGUAUCCAUCGCUUGAUGCCACAAGCCACAAGAUUGCAAAACUACAAGUUGUUCAAGAACUUUGAGAAGCGCAUCUUGGUCGCUACCAACCUGUUCGGACGCGGUAUGGACAUAGAGAGAGUGAACAUUGUGUUCAACUACGACAUGCCUGAAAACUCUGACACCUACCUUCACAGGGUCGCCCGUGCUGGUCGCUUUGGCACGAAGGGUUUAGCCAUCACCUUCGUCUCCGAUGAGAAUGAUGCUAAAAUUCUCAACGACGUUCAGGACAGAUUUGAAGUCAACAUCACUGAAUUGCCCGAAGAAAUCGACAUGGCCUCUUACAUUGAACCUGACAGGUUCCAGUGAUUUCAGAGUGUGGUGAAAUUCAUUCUUGCACUGUUCUGAGACAUCGAUAACAAGACAAGAAACCAGAUACAGGAGAGAGCAGUUGGACAAGCUUAGGUCAGUUCUAUCAGAGAGAAUCAGUUUAGUUGGCUGACGAUGGAACCAGAGUGAACCAGUUUAGUUGGCUAACUAGAGAGAACCGGAGAGAACCAGUUUAGUUGGCUGACUAGAGAGAACCAGAGAGAACCAGUUUAGUUGGCCUACUAGACAGAACCAGAGAGAACCAGUUUAGUUGGCUAACAAGAGAGAACCUGUUUUGUUGGCUAACUAGACAGAACCAGAGAGAACCAGUUUAGUUGGCUAACUAGAGAGAACCUGUUUUGUUGGCUAACUAGACAGAACCAGAGAGAACCAGUUUAGUCGGCUAACUAGACAUAACCAUGGAGAACCAGUUUAGUCGGCUAACUAGACAGAACCAUGGAGAACCAGUUUAGUUGGGAUUUGAAACUUAAAUUAGCUUAUUAUACAACCAUGGACUGACCAAGUACCUCAAUGCCUCACAUGGAAAGAAAUCUUGUUUAAAGGGAGAGUAUACCUUUGGUAAAUACUUAAACAAACAAAUAAUGAUCAGAAAAACUUGGUAAGAAGCACUGCAGCUGUUGAUAAUAAAUGUAUAGCACUUUGAGAAACAGCUCCCUUGAAAAGAAUCCGGUUUUAGAAAGAGGGAUUGAAACAAAUUCGUUUUGGGAAAACGUUUCAGAAAAAUUUCUCAGAUUUUGUUUUCCAUUUGCGGAUUAUUCUCCCCGUGUGGACAUAACCAGAUUUUGGGGGAUAUCCCCCUCAAAACGCUACCACCAGUUUUAUUGUACAUAUCUCCAUUUACAUAUGAUUAAAACAAUCACACAUUUUCAAAAACCCAAAGUAUACUUUACCUUCAAUCGUAUAUCCAAUGGCUUUCUAUACAUUAUAAAUAUGACUAUUGUACUCAUUUCUACAUUUAACAUUCAUUGUCGUAAAGAUUCACGCAGAAGAUAUUUUUAAAGAAACAUAAAAUUGUAAGAGAGAACAAAGCAAUCCUAAUGACAAUUUAUGUCUUUGCUUUAUAGUUUGUACGAGGACCAUACAUUUUCAACAAGAAAAAAAAUCCCACUAAUUUGUUGAUCGGUUGCAGAGCUGCUGAAUUUACCAGAUUCUGCAGAAAGUUUCCUGGGGAAAUUUGUUUUUUUCCGUGUACUAACGGAAACUUGUUCACUAUCAUGUUAAAUGUAAUUCUAAAUAUCUCCAUGAUUGUUGUACAAUAUCUCCCUGGUUGCAAGAUGUUAAUGUUGGCAGUUCGUUUGGGCAAUGGUGGGUUAUUACUUACAAAUACGACAAAACCCGUUCAUUUAUAAGCUGGCCCAAUUUCAUAGAGCUGCUUAAGCAGGGAAGGAUGCUUAACAAUAUCUGCUAAGCAAAACAAGUAGGAUACCAGUUGCAUGUUGUACUUGUGACAUGGUAGUUCAGCUGGUAACCUUAUUCUGGCAAGCAUUAUGAACUUAUGUUAUGCUUGGGCAGCUUCAUGAAAUUGGGCCCUGAUCUGCGUUGUUUUCAGGACUUGACAAGCCAUUAUACUCGGAAGCCUGCAAAUGAUGAAAUUGUUGAAAACAAAUUUAAUAAAAACACCUUAAAAUCCCCCAAUUAUUGUUUAUAAAUCAAAAUUGUGUUUUGUAUUACCUAACAAACAUUACCGAACAAACAAAAAAUGAAUGCGACGUUUCGAUUGCUGGUGAAGUUUUUAAUUAAUUCCAACUUUACUUAAGGUCUGUAAAAGAAAGUGUAAAUAUUGUUUUAACUAGACAGUUGUCUCCUUUA